UGAUUUUAACAUUUCGUUGCAGAUAACCAAGUUAAAGAUUGAUAGCAAUCCAUUUGCCAAAGGGUUUAGAGACUCCAGUCGUUUGUCUGACUUUGAAAGAGAAAGUGUGGAAGGACUCAUACAUCAUCACACAUAUGCUCGUUCUCCCCUUAGAUCUUACGGCGACGGUGAAUACGGCGAUGGAGAGCCUUUGAAAUUCCGCGAAUCUCCAUAUUCUAAAUCUGGUGAACCGGGUCAUGACAAAAACGGAGCAAUGAUGUUACCACAUUGGGCACUAUGGCGACCAUCUUUAUCAGCACGGGGUUCAUCAGCUUAUUCCAUGGAUCAAAGUUUAUACGCAUGGUACGGCAGUAUGUACGGUAUUCCGGCAUCUGCCGCCACUGCAGCAGCAGCAGCAGCGGCUGGCAUUGUUUUUCCAAACCUGGGACUUCAUCCUUUACAGUUACCCGAAAAUCUUCGAGAUUUACGAAACGCUGCUGCUGUUGCGAAUGCUUAUUCCGGAAUCACACCGUCUGAUAAUUCUUCACAUUUUCUAACUGGCUCGCAUCGAUUCCACCCGUAUUUCGUGUCGGAAGAUGUCAAAAGAGAAGGAGCCUCACUAGUAGAAGGUUGCCGACCAUGAAUUCCACGAAACAUUUUCCUGUCGGCACGUGAUUCAAAUAUUUCCGGCGUGUCGAAUGAAAUAUCUCCAAAUUCUUUACUGUCUUCAACACAUCUUCAAUACACUAUGGUCUAUAAGGACAGCAAAAGAUAAAAGCGAUGAUGAAGAAGAAGACAAAGACGAAGAAGAAAGAAGGCAACCAUAAAUGAAAAGAGACUAUAAAUGGCAAAGAAUAAUAAAAGCCCCUACAAGAAACCCCUCAAAAAUCCUAAACCUCUGUACCACCAUCGUCACUAAAUGUGUCUCAUAAACAUUGUGUUGCUACACGCUACUCAUCUUUAUUCCCUUCUGAGCUUAUGAGGAAGAACCAUUUAAGAAAAACGGUUGAUGUAUACGUCAAAACACUGUCUCUCUUACACUCUGCUUGAUGUAUUACUUGGGAUGAUGCUACACCUGUUUGUUUUACUCCUGCUGUUGAAGUUCCCCGCUUCAUCCCUGAUGAACAAUCACAUGCAAGCAUACAAGCAGGGAAACGCAUCAGAUAAACUAGAAGCUACGAAAAUGCAACCACACACACUCACGCACUUUUUCUCACACCUACACAUACACACACAAACAUUAAAACAUACACACGCAUGAAUACAAACAUACGUACACAAAAACAAUCUUAAAGGCAACAAAUAUGACUUGAAUUACACAGAAACAUACUCACAAACUUACGUAAAACUUUGUAAAGUUAUAUACAGAAAUACGCACUUAAAUAUGCUCACACCUACACACAUAAACACUCUUACAUAUAAAUAGACAUACACACAACCAUUUAAAUAGAGACAAGUACAUACAUAUUUAAUUGUUGUAAUUCCCCCUGCAGAGUCAAAGAGGCAUAAAAUAUAUUAGGAUUGUACAUGUAUAUAUGGUAUACAUUAGACCUAGUAUUGACUCUGAGAAAUUCUAAGAGUCGCUUCAACAUGAACAUCAUCAUCAUAUACAAUAACAACACCGACAACAACAGCAACAACAACAAUACCACUGCCACAGCAGUAAGAACAGUAAUAAUUAUAAAGGUGCAUAAAUGUGUAUGACUGACUAUAUAUAUAUAUAUAUAUAUACAAAAAGUGAAUAAAAAUAAUUGAAAUAAAGGUAGAAGUAUAAAAAGUGACAAAGGAAAAAUCAUCUAUGUUGAAUUCUGCCACUUGAAUAUCUUCAUUCUGAACACGUCUAGCAACUGCAUAUUAACCGAACUCUUUCCCCCAACCCCUACACACACACAGAAACAACCAUACAAACUACUUAAAACUAGAGCAGCAACAACAACGAACAAAAAAUCUAAAUGCGGAUUCUAUUAACAUAAAAAAAAAGACAACUGUUUGCAUUUUGGCAAAGUCUAACUUCCUUUUGUUGGAAAAACAAUGUUAGCAUCUGCAAUAGCCACAGCAACAGCAAACAACAACAACAAUAACAGCAACAACAACAAUAAUAACGACAAGAAUGAUAACAAUUAUUGUAAAAGAAACUUUUCGAUAUCUGAAAAUAAUCUAUUUCGUUUUAUUAGUGAUAACAAUAACGAGAGCAAAGUAUAGCAUUUGCGAAAGAAGCAGUAAUAUUAGUAGCAAACGCAGUACCAACCAUUCUCUCGGACAAACGUGGGAUCUUCAACGUGGUUGUUCAUUCUGCAAGAAAUAAUAAAGAUUUCCCUCUAAAAUGAAAUCCAACCAUCUUCAAAAAUGAUGGUGUGUUUCUUGCUCAAGAGGAAAACUAGAUGGUUACGGCUAAAAUGCCAAUUGAUCAUAGCUCUAUGCAAGCAAACACAACAGCCGUAUCAAGACCACCACCAACAACAACAACAACGACAGCAACAACAACAACAACAACAACAAUAACAACAACACAACACAACACCAACGCCAACAGCACAAGUACAGCAUCAACUACAACAAUAACAGAAGAAUUUCAACAUGAAUGCAACAAUAACCACAACACUAGAAAAGGCCGGGUCUACGACAAGUCAUGGCUAUAAAGAACAACGGCAGCAACUUUAACAACGAUGAGUGUAACAUAAGAAACAACAGCAACAAGAACAAUGUCAAAACAAUAAGACAAUAAGAAUAAGAAAAUUGCAAUAAUGACAUUAGCAGCAGCAGCAACAACAAUAACGAAGAGAUCAUUAAACAAUAUGGCAAACUGUAACAAUAUUGCUCUACGUUUUGCUAUCACAGUAAUGGAGGCAAAGGUAGAAAAAGCAAUAAUAAUAAUAAUAAUGAUGAUGACGAUGAUGAUGAUGAUGAUGAUGAUGAUGAUGAUGAUAAUGAUUAUGGCAGCGAUGGUAAUGGUGUUGAUGAUGAGGACGAUGUCAAUAAUAAUUUGGUUCUAUAUUUGCCAAAAGCGAAUCUUACACGGAGGAGAAAAUAACUGCGGUUUUCAAAACUAUCGAACUGGGUUUACAUGGAGUGGAAUAACCGUACAUGAAUAAUGAUGAUGAACUUUGAUAAUAAUAAUAAUAAUAAUAAUAAUAAUAAUAAUAAUAAUAAUAAUAAUAAUAAUAAUAAUAAUAACAUUCGAUAACGAAAUCAACAUUAAAAGUAUAAUAAAUGGGAAACAUAAUACUGGAAUAUUUUAUUGAAAGAAAAAAAAAACAAAAGUAACGGCAAUAAUCAGAUUCCAUUUUGUUGUAAGAGGUCCUCACUUCAAUCCACAAAAAUUGUUAAAAAUGCAAAAGGAAAAAAAGACAAAAAAAUGAGACCAUUAAAUUCGCAACCCACGACAGACUUCACUCAAAUUCUCAGUAAACUCUAUAAAAUAAAUCUGUGUAAAUAUAAGAAAAUCUUUUUUUUUUUUUUGUAGUUUGUUUACUGAACGAACUCGCUCAUAUAAUGGUUCAGACAGUGAUAAAUUAAUGAGAAUGAUGAUUAAGCGUUGAUUGGUACUCUUAAUUGAGUAACUUCGAAUAUAUAUUUUAGAUUUUCAGUUAUUACUGGUACAGUGGUUAAUGUCUGAGGUUUGAACACCACAUAGAAAAUCUAUCAUGUUUUCCCCCACCAUUCAGUUUUCAUGCACACCACACACGCACACACACAUACUCACACACACACACACACACACACACACACACACACACACAUACACACAUACACACAUACACACACACACUCACACACACACUCACACACAUAUAUGCAUUUUUAUAAAUUUGAGAUAUGUUUAUCUAAGAAACGACUGUUAUUGAAGCC